GGAAUUCCCGCAGAAUGUUUUCAUUUCGAUUCCAAUGAAGCUGUUUACAUUUUGUGUUGUCGGUUGAAAGACAACUGGCAUAUACUUAAAACAAUCCGCCUAGUAAAGUAUUUUCAAGAAUGGAAUCUUUGCCUAAUGUAAAUUACAGAGUAAAAGAACUGCUACCUUUGCGUGAUGGUAACUUUGUCGGGGCAAACAACUUUUACAAUGUAAACAUCCGUGAGGACGCAUCCAUGCCUUCACUGCUGACUAGUGUGGUGAAUGAUAACAUGGGGGAGGUGAUACAAACUAUUUUACAAACAAAACAAGUAGACGACACGUCCAUGUUCGGCGUCACAGCGCUGAUGAUAGCAGCUGAAUGUGGACACACAGAAAUUCUAAAGUCUCUGCUCAAAUUUGGGGCUGACGUGAACAGAAACGAGUCUCGAGGUUGGACGGCUCUGAUGUUUGCAUCCAGACACGGUAACCAUGGCAACGUCAAACACCUGAUCAGGAAGGGAGCAGAGGUGGAGUACGCUACAGUUUACGGGGUCAACGCUUUGCUGGUGGCGGCCGAGCAUGGGAAGGUCAAGGUCGUGCGUACCCUGCUGGAGCACGGCGCCAAACUUGAGUGUAUCAGACUUGACCAGUGGACUGUACUGAUGGCAGCGGUCAGCUCUGGAAACUCUGCCCUGUUUAAAAUGUUGCUGGGGAAAGACGUGGAGGUCAAUGAGAUGACGAUUGAUGGCGUCACAGCGUUGAUGCUGGCGGCUUAUUUUAGCGGAGUGGGAGAAAUAAGCAAUAGGCAUUUGGUUGAAGGUCAAUUAGAAAUAACACAGCAACAAAUUGGUUUUGCAGGAGUAAAUAAUUUUGGUGCUUUGGGGAAUGUGCAGCAAAAUGUGCAGCAACAGAUUGGUCUUGCAGGAGUAAAUAAUUUUCUUGCUUUGGGAAAUGUGCAGCAAAAUGUGCAGCAACAGAUUGGUCUUGCAGGAGUAAAUAAUUUUCUUGCUUUGGGAAAUGUGCAGCAAAAUGUGCAGCAACAGAUUGGUCUUGCAGGACUAAAUAAUUUUCUUGCUUUGGGAAAUGUGCAGCAAAAUGUGCAGCAACAGAUUGGUCUUGCAGGAGUAAAUAAUUUUGGUGCUUUGGGAAAUGUGCAGCAAAAUGUGCAGCAACAAAUUGGUCUUGCAGGAGUAAAUAAUUUUCUUGCUUUGGGAAAUGUGCAGCAAAAUGUGCAGCAACAUGGUCUUGCAGGAGUAAAUAAUUUUGGUCCUUUGGAAAUGAUCCAGCAACAAAUUGGUCUUGCAGGACUAAAUAAUUUUGUUGCUUUGGGAAAUGUGCAGCCAAAUGUGCAGCACCAGAUUGGUCUUGCAGGAGUGAAUAAUGUUGGUGCUUUGGAAAUGAUCCAGCAACAAAGUGGUGAUUUCAGAGUAAAUAACUUUGCUCGUUUAGACAUAAUGCAACAGCUGAUCAAACAUGGCGCAGACGUGACGCUACAGGACAAGAAAAGAUGGACUGCGCUGAUGUACGCCUCGCAAGCUGGAGAGAUGGAAGCUGUGGAGCUGUUGCUGGGCGCAGGAGCUGAUGCUGGGCAGAUGGAUGACGACGGCAACACAGCUCUGAUGGUAGCCGCGUCCAACGGUCACGUGCAAGUCUGCGCCGUUCUCGUCAUGUCAGGGGCGGGGGUCAACGCCUGCAACAACCAAGGGGUGACGCCCCUGAUGUUUGCCGCUGGUAGAGGCGAUGAUCCAACAGUUUUACUACUGCUAGAUAACGGUGCAGAUGUGAACCAAGCAGAUGAUGAAGGAAUCACCGCCUUGAUGAUCGCGAACCACUCAGAAGUAUUUCGUAUUUUAAUGAAUAGAUGUGCCAAUCUCAACCAGCGAGAUAAUGAUGGGUGGACGCCCCUGUUGCUGGCGGCUAGGUCUGGCAACGAACAAAACCUAACCGAUCUGUUAAACCGCGGGGUUUGUGUAAACCAGCCUCAUACGAAAGGGUUUACUCCAGUAAUGGCGGCGGUGUAUUCUGGUCGGAAAGAAAUAGCCAGCUACUUAAUAGAUCGUGGUGCAGAUAUACAGUCCAGAGAUUGCCAAGGUUUUUCGUCUUUAAUGUACGCGUCACUGCAAGGUGACUCGCAGAUUGUAGAGAUGUUGAUAGACAGUGGCGUCAGUGUCAACAUGGCGUCUAAAGACGGCGUCACAGCGCUAAUGUGUGCCUCUAUCUGUUCAUUAGACAACAACAUCGAGAUGUUAAUCAGACACGGGGCCAGAGUAAAGAAGACAACUAAAGAUGGCGUCACGGCUCUCAUGUUCGCCGCUGGUGGAGUCAAUGUCUCUUCUGUGCAGAAACUUCUGGAUCAUGGAAGUGACGUCAAUCACUUGUCGAACAACCGGCAGACAGCUUUAAUGAUGGCGGCAAAACACGGAGCACCGUUACAAACACUCGAGCUGUUAAUUCAACAUGGCGCAAACGUUAAAAUUUCAGACGACAAUGGCUGGACAGUCUUAAUGCACACUGUCAACAAUCAACUUGAAGUUUAUAUAGAACAGUUACUAAAAAGUCGCAACAUCAAGGAAGAUUUGAAGCUUCUGUUUAUGGCCCUCGUAAAAAUAUUGUUAGUUCCCAAGAACCAACACAGUGUCGACAUGUCGCACUUACAAUUGAUCAAUGUCGUCAUGGAAAAUGCCCAGCCUUUAUUGAUGGCUUUCAAGGCGUUGAUGCUUGCAGACGACCCGCAGACAGACUCGAACUUUGAACAGUUAAUUAAAAACUAUCCCAUAAUGCAAAAUCUCUUCUUGGAGAUAAAAAAGCAGAUCAAGUUGAAUGAAGAAAUGUCUCAAAAUAUGGACUUACUUGACAAUGGUCAAUUAAAGAAAUCUUUUGAGCCGUUUUUCAAGGCAUUGAGGUCUGCUGUUAGCAAGGAGAUGAGGAAAGUGUUGGCUGUUUUACUUGAGGCUGGGGCUGAUGUUGAUGCGUGUGAUAAGAACGGAGAGACCGCUCUGAUGCAGGCCGUGAAGGGAGGCAACAAACAGCACGUGCUGGUCUUACUGUCACGUGGUGCUGACGUCAACCGCGUCUCUCUAACUGGACGCACGGCUCUGAUGAUGGCAGCAGAGAACGGACGGAAGGAUUUCCUGGAGCUCUUGUUGUCUAGACGUGCGGACGUGAACUUGAGAGACGAGACCGGACACACGGCGCUGAUGUACGCUGCAAGCAAUGGCCAUGUUGAUAGCGUCAACCUGUUGUUAGACCAAGGGGCAAAGAUAGAUUACGUCAAUGUUGAUGGUCAGACGGCGUUAAUGCUGGCAGCAAAGAGUGGCCAAAAUAAAUGUCUGGUUGUCUUGGUUACCAGAGGUGCUGACCAACAUAUCGUUGACCAACACGGCUGGACAGCGCUGUUGUUGGCUGUUAAAGAUGAUAACAAAGAAAAUAUCAGUUUCCUGUUAGAGAAGGGCGGCGAUGUGAAUCACGUGACCAAUGAUGGGAAGACAACUCUACUGAUUGCAGCAGACGGAGGGUCACCUGAGGUCGUUGAACUUUUGAUCAAACAUGGCGCUAACCCAAACCACACGGAUAACCAGGGAUAUACGGCUUUAAUGGCGGCAUCCACACAUAUUAACCUGGAGCUCGUGAAACGAUUAGUUGAAUGUGGAUGUCACGUGAACCAAUCAGCAGACGAUGGGGUCACUGCCCUGAUGGUUAGCGCGGCAAACGGAAAUGUUUCUAUUGCCAGAUUUUUAAUCAUCCGUAGCGCUGACGUCAACAGUGAAGAUUCGAAUGGAUGGAGCCCAUUGAUGCAUGGUGUUAGACAAGGCGAUGUUGACGUCAUCAAACUUUUGCUAGAUAAUGACGGUAAUGUCAAUCACAUUGCUCGAGGUGGGUUCACCUCCCUGAUGAUAGCAGCCGAGAGUGCCAGUAAGGAAGUUGUCUCUUAUUUGAUCAAACGUGGAGCAGACGUCAACAUGAAAGACAACGAAGGCUGGAAUGUUGUCAUAUUCGCAGCCAAGAACAGCAACUCUAAAGUGUUAGAAUUUUUCCUCGACACGGGCUGCGAUGCCAAUGACGCCGCGAACGACGGUUUAACUCCCCUGAUGGUGGCCACAGACUUGAGUCUGCUGGAUAACGUCGCCCUCCUUCUAAGCCACAGUGCAGACGUCAACGUUGCUGACUCCUAUGGGUGGACCGCCAUUUUGUUUGCUGUUAAAAUCAAUAACGCCAAUUUGGUCGAGCUGUUGAUGAAGAAAGGGGCGUGUCCGGAUGUUGUAAACAACGAAGGGGACACGGCACGAAAGAUGGCAGAAAGAGACAAUCUUUGCCAUCUUCACAAUCUUUUACUUAAUAGAUGUUGAGAUUUAAAAAUGAAUUAUCACCAUUCCAACAAGAAAUCGAAUUAAGACGAGUAUAUUAUAUUUGAAUAAGAAGAGAAGACCUAAACAAAUAGAAACUUUGUAAUGAUACUAUUAGCGUCAAUGGAGUCUAGUCUAGGAUACCAUCAGACGCUAUUGUUUGUACCUUACUGUAGCCACAAGACUGUCAUACAGUCUGUGUGUUUUAUGGUGGAUCGUUGUUCAACGUUUUUUUUUUAUGUAGGCCCUACUUACCUACGUGUUUAUUUAAUCUGAUGAUCAUCAUAUAAUUUUUAUCAUGUUUAUAUUACAAUCAAGAACUCUAGUCUAUUCGUAUUUUAGUGAAGCUUCAUUAAUAUAAAUGUUAUUCCUGUAGUCUACAUAAUAUUCAGGUACAUGUGAUAGCCCUGUAAUGUAAAUGGGUUGGAGUAGUUUGUCGUUUUGAUAGAUUCUGCUAUGUGAAAUUUAUGGUUGUUUGCAGCAGUUUUAUAUAACACUGACACAGAUACACUGUAUUUCUUGAUUUUUUGUAACACAAAAAGUAAAACAAAUGUUAUAUAGUCAUUUAGAAUGGUUGUGUACAAGAUGAAUGACAUAUCCUUUAAGGACAAUAAAGAUGUUAUUUUA